CCCAGCUUCACGUCGUCUGCAAGCUCUCUGCACCCACGAUUGUUGAGGUUUACUCUCUCGAGUCUGCAGCGGCCUGUCAGUUGGCAGGCACAACACAAACAGCACAUCCAUCCAUUCACGCAUGAUGCAAAUGUCUCGUUUCGGCCCCUUUUAAUCUCCUCAAGCUCCGCCUGUUGGUCGCGUCUCGCCCGCUCCAUGGCUCCUCAAACCCCCUCCCUGGGUAGAGUCAAGCAAAAGGCAACCAGAAGAUGACGCGACAUCAGCUUGUAUGUGCGUAUGAUCGAUUGUGGCUUGAGGAUACCUUCUCAUUGCAUCUCCCCCACCAGCGUCGCGAGCAGCCGCUGCACCUCCCAUGACGUCUCUCGGUGGCCGCCGAAGCGGCCAAGUACAUAUGCGGAAACAAAUAAAGAAAUUACCGAAUCUUGAUGAUCACCUCUUCCCUGUCUUCCUCACCUACGUACCUCCGCAGACGUGGAUCAAGCAGGUCCAUCGGAUAUGGAAGAUGUAGACGGUGAUUUAUCUGCACACAGCAGCCAAAGAAUACACGGACACGAUCAGUCUAUUUGACAGCGCACAUACCCUUUGCAGACAAUGCGCUGGGAUUCAGAGUCGUCAUCGGCCGAUCAGAUAUAAAAUGUGGCCAGCGAUCUGCACACCACCCAGCAACAGAGAAAAGAGGAGAGAAGAGAAGUAUUCUGAUGCAUGUGUAGGCUGUUGGUCUGACUAGCAGUGACUAUGGCGGGUGCCGGUCUCCUUGGCCGGAGCGACGUACUGGACUCCAAUGGAAUGCAAUCACACACACCAGAUGACGUUAGUCGCGUUUGUACACAGGUGUUCGAUUACCUUCUUGCUCGCCCAGAAAGAGGUCAGCUGCAAAGCCGGCAAUGCCCAGACAGGCAUCUCGUGUCCGUCGAUGGGUGCGGUGCGCAAGGGGGCAAAAAAUGUCGAUAUAAAGUGUAGGCAGCCAUCUGCAUCAUCCCCCCCCAGCAGCAACUGCAUGACCUGAGACGGACGGGAUCCCCAGAUGGAGGUGCUCUUGGCGUCAGACAUCUGGUGUGUGUUACGUGUGGUGAGUGCUCACCAGGAGGCCAAAUGCGGCCCGGUGGCAUGAGGCAAUGGCCACUCGGAUGGGCGUAUGGUCACGGUGACUCGCCGCAUUGAUGUCGGCGCCGUUGUCAAUCAGAGCCCGCAUGAUGGCGAGCUGCAGGCCGGGGGUCUCCCACAUGGGCAAGGCGACGGGAGAGAUGUCCUCGUCACCAUCGCCGUCGGCUGCCAUAUGGACGGCACGCUGCUGUUGGUGAGAUUGUCGAUGCACAGCGACAGCAGCGGAUAGGCGCAAUAGCCACCCGUAGUGCCCGUCGCCCGCAGCCCCGGCAUCACAUUGGGGUCUGCUUCAUGCUGCUGGAUGAUGCCCGUCACCUGCCGUUGGUCAGUGACGGUGCGGCGGAGGAUGGCCUCGGACAGCCGUUUGCUGGCGUCACUGGUGCAAGCCAGCGAAUUUAUUCAAAGCCGCCUUCUUUCCACGGUCUUCAGCCUGCCGCCUUUUCUUCUGUCGCCAGGCAAAGAUCCUUCUGUCGACCUCCUUGGCGAGGUCCAGUGGUCGGCCCCACGGCGACCACUGAACCUCACCAGCCUUCAGUGACGAGGCCCUGAAGAGCGAAGUAACCUGACAACCAACAAGACAACACAUCCAUCCAUCCAUCUGUGUGUCAUCUGAGUGUGUGUGUGUGUGUGUGUGUGCCCUCAUCGACCGACCUGGGAGCAGCAGCAUCUCUUUGCUAUUGUUGGGCCCGUACUUGACUUUCUUGACGAGGGUGCUGAGCUGCUCGGGCCGCUCGGUACACAUGUUGGUGAGGAACCCGUGACGCCCGAUGAACUCCAUGUGUAGCUGACCCUGGCACACACACACACACACAUGAAUGACCACAGCCACAUACAGGAGAGAGAUUCAUGUGUGUGUGUGAUUCAUCUGCGUGUGUGUGUCAGCUUUAUGUGGGUCCCCGACUCACCAGCGCCUUCUUGAGGGCUACGUUCAUGUACUGGAUGGCCUCCUGCUCCAGGUCGGCAACGCGCAGCACCAGGUCUACUUGAACGCCAAUUGAAUCGAAAACUGCACACACCACACCACACCACACACCAAUGACAUGGCUGGAUGGACGCAUCCAUCCAUCCAUCCCCACCCCACCCUCCCGUCUGUCUGUAUGAGUGUGUGUACUUACCGUCUGCGAGUUGCCCUGGAUGGUUGAGUCGACCGCCACGGUCUUGUUGGGUGUCUUCGUGUGUCCUGACACACGAAGAGGUUCAUGCCCUGAUGCAGGAUGGCCCCGACCUUCGCACCACCAGCAACCAAUGCGUUCAGAAUCUGCACACACCACACAUGUACACCACACCACACCAUCCAUCCCACCCAUCCAUCCAUUCAUUCAUUCAUCCAUCCCAUCAUCCAUCUGUCUGUGUGUGUGACCUUGCGCACCUCGCUUACAUUGGUGAUGGGCGGCGUGAUAUUGACGGCGUACACCUGGAUCUUGACCGACUCGUCCACCUUGAGGCUGAACAGCGGGUUGCGCGUGGCGAGAAUCUCAUUCUCUUCCUCAAAAUCGUCGACGUACUUGGCGAUGAUGUUGACGUGGUGCUUAAACUUCACUUUCCACCUCUGCCAGGCGGGGGGGACCCGUUGGCGAUGCGGAAGUGGGCGAUCUUCUCUCUCGCGUGUUCCUCCGCCAACGAAGCGACAAGGAAGCCGGCAGAGAGGCAAGCCAGAGAACAGCUCGUCAGAGAUUUGUCUUCUAAGCCAAAAAGCAGAAAAAUUCUGUCGCUGUCUCCCGAGAAUUCUCGCCAACGUCUGCAAACCCUAGACCCUUCAAGAUCAAACCCUGCGCUUACGACGCUGGAGAUAGAGAAAAGGAAGCGCAGCUGUGCUUCCCUGUGGGUCCACAGAACCGACAGUGCGGGAGCCGACAGUGCGUGGAAGCGUGAUGACCGGGGACCUACUCAU